CACAACACUGACAGGAAGUGGGCUGAAACCAUGCCACACCAGUUGGCUGCAAAUGGCUAAGUAGUGUGUGAAUGAUGUCAUCUUGUUUCCUAGCUUUACCAGUGCUGUUGUAUGUUAUUAGGUUAGUUAGAUUGUGCAUGUGGGUGUUUGACAAAUCACUACAGGAAGACUUUUUGCCCAUCAGGUGUGUGGUGUGUGAAUAAUUGGGACACUUUUUAUGUGCUCAUGUGUGGUGUGUGUGUGUGUGUGUGUGUGUGUGCAGAAAGGGAGGUCUGAUGUUCAUGUAUAUGUUUUAUUUAUAUAAUGUCCUACAUAAUGUUUUAUGCAGUAUAUAUAUGUGCAAUGCAUAUGAGUUCAGUUCUGUCACCUCUCUUCUCAAUGUGUGAACCAAAGUCAUGGCUUUGUCUCUUUCUGUUUGUCCCUGUCUCCCCUCUGACAUUGUCAAUCUCUGUCCCUUUCUGUUUGUACUCCCUGUCUCUCUUUGUGUCCCUGUCUCUCUCUCUUUCUCUCUCUCUUUUUUGUGCCCUCUCUCUCUCUCUCUCUCUCUCUCUCUCUUUCUCAGGGCCAGAGAAGGGGAGAUGUGUGGCAUCUGAAUACUUCACAGAGCCUGAAAUAGAGAUCACCACUGAGAACACAGCCAAUAUACUGAAAAUGGUAAGAACGGCCACCCCCUUCCCCAUGGUCUCACUUCUCUUUGUCUUUACGGCCUUCGUCAUAAGUAACAUCGGCCACAUCCGUCCCCAGCGCACCAUUUUGGCCUUCAUCUCUGGAAUCUUCUUCAUCUUAUCAGGUUUAAGUUUAGUGGUUGGUCUAGUGCUGUAUAUCUCCAGUAUAAACGAUGAAGUGAUGAACAGGCCCCGGGAACCAGAGCAUUUCUUUCACUACCAUUACGGCUGGUCGUUUGCCUUUGCUGCCAGCUCCUUUCUGCUCAAAGAGGGUGCUGGAGUUAUGUCUGUCUAUCUCUUCAUGAAACGCUACGCUGAGGAGGAGAUGUACCGGCCCCACCCUGCACUCUAUCACCCUCGUCUGUCUGAAUGCAGCGACUACAGUGGCCAGUACCUGCACCCCGACUCCUGGCCUCCUCCUCAGCGUGGACGCAGUGCCUCCGAGGUGUCCAGUGACAUCUCCAUUCAACUCAACCAGACCCCGUUGCCUCCUCCGGCCAAAAGCGGCAGGCCCUCCAAUCCACCCUCUUCAUCGGGGCCUUCCUCCGGGGCCAGCUAUCACCUCCCUCCUGCUUCCUCCUCCUCUUCCUCCUCCUAUCCUCACACUAUCUACUCCUCCCAUUCCGGUGGCCCCGCACCUCAGUCCCUACCAAUGGCCACACCCCCAGCUGCUGUGCCGCCCCCUCGCUACCAUGCCCACAUGCGCAUGAGUGCCUCCCCAUGUUAGAAGAGUACUUCAGAAUGUAGUAUAACAUGCGCAAACAGAAAAAUAUGUGUAACUUUAUGUAAGAGGGAGGCUUAAAGGGGCUUUUAAAACUCCAGAGACUAUGGGAGCAAAAUGGAGAAAGGGGUGCUAACAAGUUGAAAAGAUGUAGACAAUGAAGCACUUCACUUACAAUUCUGUGCCUAAGCCUGACCGAUGUUUUACGUAGUAGAUUUUCAGAGUGAGAUUUUCAAGUGAGGGAAUAGUGACAUUAACAUUUAUACAUAUAGAAAGAGUUUAUGGUGGAGAAAGAAAACAAAAUUGUAGUGGAAGAGAAAAUAUUCAAAAAAGACUUGAAUAAAAUAGCUGAGAACAAUUGUAUACAUAUUUAAAUUUGUAUGUAAAGUGUGUAAAUCUUAAUGAAGUUCUUAUUGCACAUCAUAACAAAAUUUUCCGUCCCUUAUCUGAUAUCAUAGAAAAAUUUUCUUUUUCUAACUCUAUCAUUAUUUCAUGAGAAAAGACUAUUUAUACCAUUUUGCCUUGUUUGUACUGACAAGCAAAAAGACACAAAUGUGAUAGAUUUCUUUAAAUGGUGUAGCAGAUUUAAGUGGACAAGAAGCAUACAUAAUGUACAUAGUGUAUCAAGAGCAAAAAAAAACUCUACAAAAUGGUUGUGUUGUCACCUAGUGUAGUCAAAAACCUAAUUUUUAUCAUCUGGACAUCCAAACAUUUGACGCAAAGGUCCAUGACCUAGGCACCACCCUCUGUUUUUUCCUUUGCUAUCAAUUUGUAAUGUUUUUAGAUUUGUACAUGAAGGUAGAUGUUCUAAAAAGCUGGCUGAUAUUUCCUUACUGGGAUGUUGUAUGCAUGGCCCCAUGGCCCUUAAUAUGCAUUGUGUUUCUUGUGCUUUCAUAUUCAAAAGAUAUUUUCAAAUAAGAAGUUUAGCAGAAAUAUAGCAUGACAGAAAUGGAAACUUUCUCAAAUUUCUACCUUAAAGGAAUAUUCAGGCUUCAAUACAAAUUUAGCUUAAUCAGCAGCAUUUGUGGCAUAAUGCUGAUUACCACAAAAAUUACUUUUGUCUUGUCACUUUUAUUUAUAAAAAAAAAAAAAAAAAAAAAAAAAAAAAAAGAAAGCAAAAA